UCCUGCUGUUCGUGACUUAUUUCUGCCCGCAGGGCUGCGUGAUGAGAAUGAUCGAGAGCGUGGACGCGGUGGUCGCCAGGUCCGGUGAAGACCUCUGGGCUGAGAUCUGCUCGUGCCUGCCCCACCCGGACCAGAAGGACGCUGGUGAUGCUUUUACGGAUUCCUUCAUGGACUCUUAUGCCGACAGAGGAAGCCUGGAGGAUGUGUUGGAUGGUUCUUCCCAUAAAAAUAUAAAUCCGAAGCCCUGGGCACCCCUGAAUGAUUCGGAGAUAUAUUUAGCGUCCUUAGUUUCCCAAGCUAAGAAGGAAUGCUGGGACAGGUUCUUGCAGGAGAAGUUUGAGUCUGAAUUUUAUGUUGAGGGACAUGAAUCUGAUGAGAGCACGCUGGAACAUCUAAAGCGAUGGCUGCAUCCUGAUAAAGUGGCAAUCAGUACUGAAGAGGUACAGUACCUCAUCCCUCCAGAAUCACAGCCAGAAAAGCAGGAGACUGAGGAAGAACCUCCAGCUGCAGAGCAGUGAGAUGCAUGCCAGCCAUGCCACACAGCUGCCUGUUGUCCAAACCCUAAUGAAAUUGUAUGCAGUUACAGUAAUAAUAGGAUGGGGUUGAGGGAAAGUGCCAAUUACUGGUCAGUUAAAAAAAAAAAAAA